AUGAAUAGUAGUAAUUCCCAAGUUGUUAAAAAGGGAUACAUUUCCGUGAAGGAGGAUGGUUUAAGAGCAUGGAUUUGGUCAAAACGAUGGAUGUUACUCAGAGAACAAACCCUUACGUUUCAUCGCAACGAGAAUACCUAUCAAGCCGUUGCGUUGAUCUUCCUUAAAGAGAUUAGUAGUGUUUCGCGGACAGAAUUGAAACCUUACUGCUUCGAAAUCCAAACAAAAGACAAAACUUAUUACCUUUCUUGUAAAAAUGACGAAGAACUAUACUCAUGGAUGGAUGAAAUUUAUGCGCGUUCACCUCUCAGUGGUGUUUCAAAUCCAACAAACUUUGUACAUAACGUGCAUGUAGGGUUCGAUCCUGUCAGUGGUUUGUUCACUGGAAUGCCAGAGCAAUGGACCAAACUCCUAACAUCAUCAGCGAUCACAAAAGAAGAUUACGCAAAAAAUCCUCAGGCUGUUUUAGAUGUAUUAGAGUUUUACACUGAAAAUCAAAAACGAGAACAAGAAGCAUAUGGACAACACGGCCUCUUAGGACCAAUUGCCGGGUUUCCAAAUGCAGAUGACAAAUGGGCUGACCUAUUACCAAAAAAUAAUAAUAUGCCCCAGAAGAAUCAAUUAUAUCCUAGCCCCAAUGAUGGAUCUAAUGGUUAUGAUAUGUCCAAGAUAUCACCGGUGAACAGUAUGGGUGGUAACGCAAACAAUGCUAGAAUAGACCCUGAUUCUUCCAAAAAUAAUGAUUAUCAGCCGGUAAAUCCACCUAAUCGUCCUCCGAUCACUCCAAGACCUCCUAAUACUUUAAGCUCAAAUAAUGCACGUACAACUCAAAAUAAAAGCUCUAUAACACAAAUUUCUUCUAAUUACAACCAGAUUCAACAACAACCUAUUCCUGAAAAAUAUCAACAGUCGAAUAAUUAUCAACAGCCACCUCCAUCAUUAGUACCAAUGUCUCAACAAUCUACAAAUUAUUCUCCCUCUUCACAACAACAAUCGCAGCAACAACGUAUUCCUGGUCCAAAUCCUCCUAAACAACAGCAGCAACCUCAACAAACUGCUCAACUACCUAAACAGCCUCCAUCAAAACAACAGCAAUCAACUCCAAAGAAACCUGCUCCUGAAAAAAGAAUUAGCACAAUGAAUGAAGCUCAAAUUAUGGAAAAAUUAAGAUCGGUUGUUUCUCCAGGUGAUCCCACUGCCUUGUACAGUAAAAUCAGAAAAGUUGGUCAAGGUGCAUCUGGUUCCGUAUACGUUGCUAAAUCUCUCUCAUCCAAUGCUAAAGUUGCUAUAAAACAAAUGGAUCUUUCACAUCAACCACGAAAAGAACUAAUUGUUAAUGAAAUUCUUGUAAUGAAAGAAUCCCAACAUCCAAAUAUUGUCAAUUAUCUCGAUUCAUUCUUAGUAAAAAGCAACGAGCUUUGGGUUGUUAUGGAAUAUAUGGAAGGUGGUGCGUUAACCGAUGUCAUUGAUAAUAAUACUCUAGAGGAAGAUCAAAUUGCUGCAAUAUGCUUUGAGACUUGCAAAGGUCUUCAACAUCUUCAUGGUCAAAAUAUUAUUCACCGUGAUAUUAAAAGUGAUAACGUUCUGUUGGAUGCAUUUGGCCAUGUUAAAAUAACCGAUUUUGGAUUCUGUGCCAAGUUAACUGACCAAAAGAACAAACGAGCGACAAUGGUUGGUACACCAUAUUGGAUGGCACCUGAAGUUGUAAAACAAAAAGAAUAUGGUGCCAAAGUUGAUAUUUGGUCUCUUGGUAUCAUGGCUAUCGAAAUGAUUGAGAAUGAGCCACCAUAUUUAGAUGAAGAACCACUUAAAGCUUUAUAUUUGAUUGCCACAAAUGGUACUCCGACUUUGAAAAAACCUGAAAAAUUAUCGCGUGAAUUAAAAAGUUUUCUGGCUGUCUGCCUUUGUGUAGAUGUUAAGAGUAGAGCAACCUCAUUGGAACUUUUAGAGCAUGACUUUCUUAAAAAUGCCUGUCCGCUAUCAGAUCUUGCUCCUUUACUUAAAUUUAAGACCGCUAAGGAUGGCAG